GUGAAGACGGUAUUUUCGAGUGAACAAAUUAUUAAACGUUAAAAAAUGGCUACUUAUUUUGGAGAGGUUGUAUUCCCAUCAUCUCGGGCAUUUUGGGAUGAAAAUGAGGGAGAGGAAUUAACUGAUGAAUUGCAAGAACUGCAAAUUAAUAUUAAUUGGCUAAAGGAUAAACCUAUAUCUAUGAAGAAGCUUAUACUAGUAGAAGGGGAAAUAAUAAUUGGUACUGACAUGAAAAAUUUCUUAAAAGAGGGUUUAUGUCAUGAUGCUAAAAAAAUAUGUACUAUUCAAGAUGAGUGUAAUAAGGAACUUGCCGUAAUAUAUCAAGUUAAUGAAGAUCUUUAUGUCUGUAUUAUAGCACGCAAUUUCGAUACAAAACUUGCAGGUGAAUUUGUAAUAAAGAUAAGCGACAUUUUGUCCAUUUCAAAAAGUAUAUAUUUAAUAACUUGGAGACACGUAUCACAAUAUAAAAGUGCAAACAUACCAAAUGUACCUUCUUUUCUACGAUGCUUAUAUACAAAGAAUGCAAGUGAUCUGUGCAAGUCACACAAAGAAAUCUUAGAAAAGCCAAAUAUUAUAUAUGGAGUUGCGGCAGGAAUUUUAUCUUUUGCUCAAAUGAUGGAAUACCAGUCUGUUCUUUAUGUUUUAUAUACAGACAGUUUCGUGUUAGAUUCCUUAGCUGCAGAACCCCUUAUCGAAAUAUUCGCAGAAAUAAGUAAUCAAGAUCUACACAAUAUUACAUUUAUUGGGAAGAGCUUUUUUAAUAAAGGAAAUCUUUACAUAUAAAAUAUUGAUUUAUCAUUUUCAUUUUCUCAAAGGAAUUCCCAUAAAUCGUUUAUUCCUAUAAACAUAUAAAUUUAUAUUAAACGUAAAAUUUGAAAAGUAUAUAGAAAUAGUAGCAAUAAUACUGCUAUAUUUACAAUAUUUAUAAGAACUAAAUUAUUAUGAUAUCUACAACUCUAACAUAAAUUAUAAAAUAUUUUUUAAUUAAUAAAGUAAUUUUUAAUUAAUAAAUAGUAAUUAUAUGUUAAGGUUGUGGUGGAUAAUAGGUACGUUGAGUAGUAGCAGGUGGUACCAAAGCAUUAGGUGCAAAAUACGAUGCAUUCGUUGGAUAAGGAUAAGGCUGAAAUGGUUGAGCUGCAUUCGGACCAGGAGGUGUAGGCCGAAUAGGGGUAGAUGAAUUAAUAUGGUGCAUUGUUGGCACAAUAUGAUUUAUAGUAUUUACAGGAGGAGGAGGUACAGAAACAUUUGCUGGUGGAAAUACUGGUGGAUAAGUUGUACUGCCUGGAGCAAAAUUUGUAGGAUAUGUUGGAAAAUGUGUCGGUGCAUCUACGGGUUUGAUACCAUCUGUAGUAUCUGCAGCUGUACAACCAUUUGCAGCAACUGUAGUUACUUCGAUUUUAGAGGCUUUUCCAGGAGUCACUAAAAUAAAAAAUUUUAAUUUAUUAUUGUUAUAAAAAAAACAAUUUUUGUAUUUAUUCUAUAUUUUAUUUACCAUUUGGUGUAUUUGAUGCAGAGUCUACUAUAGGAGGUGGAGCAGUUCUCUCUCUAUUUUGUUCAUUAGAUGGUAUUACAGGCGGAGAAUCAGGGGGUUUGGUAUUAUUUGCUUGAGAAUAUAAAUCUAAUACUUGAUGACAAAUAUCUGUAAAUACGUAUUAUUAAUAUAACUGUAUAAUACUAAAUCGAUAAUUAAUUUAACAUAUAAAUAUAUUUCAAAUAGAUACCUUCUAAAAGAUCCAUAGUUACAUCCUCAACAAACAUAUCCCACCAACGUAAAUGUUUGGGUUGUCUUCCAUUCCAAUCUAAUACUUCAAAUUUGCUUAAUUUUCCUGCUAAGUACAUGAGAGCAACUGCUAUUAUUUCUGGUUCCCAUUGGAGAGAUAAUGUUGUACAUAAACUGUAAAUUAAAAAAAAAAAAUAGAAAGAAGAAGUGAGUUACUACAAUUCUAUUUAUACGGAUUUAUGAAAAUACUUAUUAUACCUAUCAUUGACAAAUGUCCAAGCCAUCUGAACCAUUUUUUGUAAUUUAUUCUUGUCACCUGUAAAUAAAAUAAUUUUUAAGAAUAUUUGCAAUUAAUUAAAAUACAUUUAACUUUGCUAAAUUAUACCUUUAAGACAUUUUGCAUAUUUCAACAGGUAACUAUAUGGAUGCUCUACUUGCAAGUCAAAUUUAAUUGUCUGCAAUAAUAUCCUUUCUAUAGUCAUUACUUCUUCCUGUAAUGAAGAAACAAUAAAUGAUAAUAAAUAUUCAUAAAAUAUUAUAAACAUCUUAUUAGGUGAUAAGAUUAGAUAAUUAUUGGAAAAUAAUUUAUAAGCUUGAACGCUUUUUGUACCUUAGGAUCUUCUCCAAAUGUCAUAAAUUUUUGUUCAGUUAAUAAAGUUUUUGCUGUUCUUAUAAUA